AUGGUGAGUCCGGCAGCGGGAGAACAUCCUCUCCAGUACAACUACACUUUCUGGUACAGCCGAAGAAACCAGAGUCGGGUGGCGAGCGCGCAAAGCUACGAACAAAACAUCCGAAGAAUCGGGACAGUGGCAUCGGUGGAGCAGUUUUGGAAGUUCUACAGUCACCUGGUACGUCCAGGAAACCUGAGCGAACACAUCGACUUCCACUUGUUCAAGGAGGGUAUUAAACCGAUGUGGGAGGACGAGUGCAACCGCGGCGGAGGCAAGUGGAUCAUCAGGCUGCGAAAAGGACUCGCCAGCCGAUUCUGGGAGAACCUCAUUCUUGCCAUGCUGGGAGAGCAAUUCAUGGUCGGGGAGGAAAUUUGCGGUGCAGUCAUAUCCAUACGCUUCCAGGAGGACUUCCUUUCAAUCUGGAACAAGACUGCUAACGAUGAAACCACGACUCACAGAAUCAGAGAGACUUUCAAACGAGUUCUCAACCUUCCACCUAACACCAUCAUGGAGUACAGGCCUCACAACGACAGCCUCAGGUAG